AUGGCCUCCGCGGCGUCGGCGCCGGUGUUUGAGAGGGUGGCAGGGAUCCGAGCCAUCGCCGAGUCCGGCCGCUUUAAGGCAAGCUCCUCCCCACUUCCCAGGAACCAAGCUAUUACCUGCUUUAAUCACAAUCGCUCCGCCCCUCCUGUUGCUUUGCUUGGCUUCGCCAGUCACUGUAGUGUAGUAGUUGCAGUGAUUGGGAUUCGCCUUGCGACUAACCGUGGGACGCCGAUUCCGAUCACCAGAUCGCAGAUCCUGUAG